GGGAUCGAGAUAAGAUCAAGCAUUGGAGAGACUUCGAUCUCGUCCUCUUCUUCUUGCUCUCUCGAUCCUCCUCUCGGCUUUCUCCACCGCCAUCGUAGCUCCAGAACUCUGCUCAUGGAAUCCGAUGUCUUAAUCUCCGUAGCUCGCUGGUGUUCUCAUCUGUUCGAUAGCAUUUGAUUUUUUUUUUCCGCUGUUUUUUAAUCCUAGGGUUUGGAUUUGAAUGAAUCGGCGUAGCUUAGAGUGAUUCGGUCUUUGUUUUGGAGAUGGCUUUGGGAAAGUUUCGAUUGAGUGGGAGUUCUUUGUUGUUUGUAAUUGUUUUGAGUCAUUUGCUUGUGGAGUUGGCGAGGGGGAGAGUGAUCUUGAUCGGAAAGAACGUGGAGAAGAGCUUUGAUGAUGCUGAUGCUAAUUUCACUCCGGAAAUAAAAGAAUCAGGUGAAAAUGGGGUUUUGUAUCUUGCUGAGCCGCGGAAUGGAUGUUCUUUAUUAAGAAGCAGAGCGAUCGAAGGUUCAGAAUCUUCAUUUGUGUUGAUUGUUAGAGGGGGAUGCACAUUUGAUGAAAAAGUUAGGAGGGCACAAGAGGCUGGAUUCAAAGCUGCUAUUGUAUAUGAUAAUGAAUACAGAGGUGCCUUGCUUUCAAUGGCAGGAAAUCCAGAAGGCAUCAACAUACAUGCCGUAUUUGUGUCCAGAGUCUCGGGAGAGAUAUUGAAGAAAUAUGCGCAUCGGAGAGAGUUGACAGUAUGGCUUAUCCCAUCUGUUGAGAGCUCUGCAUGGUCAGUCAUGGCGAUUUCUUUCAUAUUGCUGCUUGCUUUUCUUGUGGUGCUGGCUACAUGUUUCUUUGUGAGGAGACAGCAAAUUAGACGUGACCGGCGUAGAGCUUCUCGCAUUCAAGAGUUCCAUGGCAUGAGCAGGCAAUUGGUAAAAGCAAUGCCCAUUGUGGUAUUUACAACAGUUUUGGAAGAUAAUUGCACCUCAAGAACUUGUGCUAUCUGCCUGGAAGACUACAAUCCGGGGGAGAAACUUCGGGUGCUUCCGUGUCAACACAAGUUCCAUGCAUCCUGUGUCGAUUCCUGGCUGACAACUUGGAGAACAUUUUGCCCUGUGUGCAAGCAAGACGCAAGAUUGAGCACAUCAAUUUCUCCAGCGUCUGAGCGCACUCCUUUACUGCCGAACAAUGCAUCAUCACCACAUUCCUCAUUUAGAUUACCAUCAAUCAAUGCGUCGUUAGCAGAAUUUCCGCGCAUCCAAGUUGAUGCAGGUCCUACUUCAUCAGCAACAACUUCUUGGUUUUGUUCCCUCUACAGCAACUCACAAAUUCCCAGCCUAAGUGGAUCAAAUAACAGUUUGCCUUAUAUAAGCAGAAGCUCAACCGAUCUCAGUCGCAUUUUAUUCCAGAGAUCUAACUUGUGUUAUCCCUCCGCUCCACAUCCGCAUGGGCUCGCCGUUACUUCUCUCAAUCCAAGGCUAACAUCUUCUCUCUAUAUUCCGAGUUCAAGUAAUGUUUCUUCAUGGUAUUCUGUUGAACCAUCUAGUCAGCAGCCGCUUCUUCGCUACUGCAGUGAACCAGGGGCCAGUUUCUUCGCGCAAUCACUUCGAAGACAUUGAUCCAUCAUUUCUCCAGAGUGAAGGAUUUGCACCCUUUUUUUCUAGUUCAUGAUAAAGUCCUGGUUCUUUGAUUGAAACCAUGAGACAUGCCUGAGUUAUUGUAUGAGUUCUCCCACUGUAAAUAUGGUUUGCUUGUUAUUUCUAGUUUUUUGUUUUCCUAAUUUUAUUGUUAUUAUGUUA